AUGAAUAGCCCUUCAAGUAGCCUUAUGAACGUGUUGUCCAAGAAGAGGCCACCAGAUGUAGUCCGAAAAGCCGUCGAUUUGAUUAAGAAAGAGUUUGAGGUAGGAUUACUGCGUGUUAAACAUAAAAAUUAAGGUUUAUAGCUUCAUGAGUGAUCGGGUACCCAAAAAUUUCACAGAUGACCACUGGAAGAGGUAAGUUACCUGGACCUUGCUAUUCUUUUGCGUUACCUUUAUUAUUUAUAUUCUUUUGUCUUUCAGGACUCUUUUGCUAAAAACUCCGAAAGAACGGGUAGCAUAUUGGCAGUUUAUAGCAUUAAAUGAGCGUAAGCGUGAGCUAGACAAAGCCAAAAAGGAAGAAAAAAAGGAAAAGACAAUAGCAUUUCGAGAAGAAGAGGUAUGAUCAUUUUUUUGAACAAUUGUCGUUUAGAGAAUAAAAUUCGAAAAUGGGCUGAUGGGUUAUGGCAGUGGACUGUAUCAGCUUAUGUUUCCCCCGGGAUGUAAGAAAAUGAUUUCACUUUACCUGUUAUUUAGGUCUUGAGGGAGUUGGAAUCGGUAGAUUGGCGGCGGUCGAGAGGUUAAAAGAUGUGCCUAAAAUAGCCUUGGACUUUCAAUUAGUGGAAACCGAGAGCCCAAAAAAUUUGAGUCAACUGAGACUUCAAUUGAUGGAUCUUCAUUCGGCAAGCUCGAUUUAUUUAUUUUUUUAUUUUGUUUUGAUUUUAGUAUCAAAGGUUGCAAUCACCCUACCCUUUACCUUUUGAACUCAUAAAUUACAAUCAGAGGUCGGAGAAGAUGAGGUCGGCGUUAAAGUGAGUUUCUGAUUAUUUACGCAAUGUUGACCAAAAAUCUCUGUUGGUUUAGACUCUUUGGAUAUAUGGACAGAAAAAUUCCAGCGCCGCUCAGCCCUCCAGUGGCUCCUUAUAACCCAUAUAAAGGUCGGAGAGAUGUGGUUUACAUCAGUAAGCAUGCUCGUGAAGUCUUGGAUGGUCCCUUGUCUUUUGACACCUAUAUCUUGCCUGUAACUUACGGGAUAGAUAAAGUCUGUUUGAGUGCGGCUUUGAGGGAUAGAAUAAAGCCGAAAGCUCUGCCACUCAGGAAGUAUAUAAGGUACGGUUCUAAUUAGGUUUUUAAAAGAGUUACGCUUUUAGAUGGUCAGGCCCGAUUAAUUAUCCACUUGUGAAUGUGUAUAAGGUUCUGGAAAUCGUUGCCAGAACUGGUGGCGAUUGGGAAUUAGCCAUCAGGUCGUCCUAUUCUAAGAGGUAUAUGAUGACAGAUGAAGAAAAACAGAAGCUCAGGCAACUCCCCGCUGCUUCUUUGGCACUGGAACGGCAAUUGGAGAAUCAAGAGAUCGUGAAGAUGAUCGAACAAGGGGUUCCGGAGAGAAUAUCCCUGUGA